GCUCAAAAAUCAUUCAUACCUAACCAAGGAAGUUGAAACUCAUGGCCGAAUCACCAUCAUUCUAUGUCUUGGCCUUUUGCUUGCUUUCCAUCUUUGGCCUGGUUCAGAUAGCUCGAGCUCAAGCUCAGACAAAUGGUACUACAACUCCUUCUGAAGUGAAUGCUUUGAAUACCAUAUUCGGAGAAUGGGGUUUAUCGGCAUCGAAUCAAUGGAAUAUAAGCGGAGAACCAUGCAGCGGAGCAGCCAUAGACUUAACAAGCAUCGAGUCCACGAAUGGCAAUUACAAUCCCGGGAUCAAAUGCGAUUGCGAUGGGACUACUUGCCACAUUACCCGUCUGAAAGUCUAUGCAUUGGAUGUUGUUGGUGUAAUCCCAGAGGAGUUAUGGACUUUGACUUUCCUCAUCAAUUUGGACUUGCGCCAAAAUUACCUGACAGGUAGCUUGUCUGCAUCCAUUGGCAACCUAUCUCGGGUGCAGUACCUGACCGUGGGUAUUAAUGCAUUAUCGGGGGAGCUUCCAAAGGAACUGGGAAAACUUACUGAUUUGAGAUCACUGGCCUUUGGUACAAAUAACUUCUCUGGCGCUCUACCAUUAGAGCUUGGGAAUUUAACAAAAUUAGAGCAACUUUACUUUGUUAGCUCUGGAGUUAGUGGUGCUAUACCUUCAACGUUUGCUGCUCUACAAAAUCUGCAGACAGUGUGGGCUUCAGACACUGAACUCACUGGUAGCAUACCUGAAUUCAUUGGGAAUUGGUCAAAGCUUAAAAGCUUGAGAUUUCAGGGAAACUCCUUUGGAGGUCCAAUACCAACAACAUUUUCCAACUUAACCUUGAUGGAGGACUUGAGAAUAAGUGAUUUAUCUGAUGGAAGUUCUUCAUUGGCGUUUCUUAAGGAUAUGAAGUCUUUGAAUCUCUUAAUUCUGAGGAAUAACAAUAUUUCUGGUUCUAUCCCAUCCAAUAUUGGAGAUUAUCAAGGAUUGUUACAACUGGAUUUGAGCUUCAACAAAUUAACUGGACAGAUUCCUGAUUCGCUGUUCAAUUUGAGCUCUCUCUCUUAUUUGUUUCUUGGGAAUAAUAAAUUAACUGGUACCCUUCCUGCACAAAAGAGUACAUCUCUGCUGAAUAUAGAUUUGUCAUACAACGAAUUAUCUGGGAGCUUUCCUUCUUGGAUCAACCAACAAGACUUACAAUUUAAUUUAGUUGCCAAUAACUUCACAAUAGAAGGUUCGAACAACAGUGUUCUGCCUUCAGGAUUGAGCUGUCUUCAAAGGAACUUUCCCUGCAAUCGUAAUGUUCCUGUCUAUUCCAACUUUGCAGUCAAGUGUGGUGGUCCACAGAUUGCUUCUAGUAAUCAGAUUAUAUAUGAGAGGGAUAAUGAGACUCUGGGUCCUGCUACAUACUAUGUGACUAGCACAAACAGGUGGGCAGUUAGUAAUGUUGGACGCUUUGGUGAGAACAACAAUGCCCAUUAUACAAGUUUCUCUUCAUCUCAGUUCACAAAUACUUUGGACUCAGAGCUGUUCCAAACAGCACGAAUAUCUGCUGGAUCACUAAGAUACUAUGGGUUGGGGCUUCAGAAUGGUAACUAUACUGUGAAUCUACAAUUUGUAGAGCUAACCAUCGGGAAGCCUCCAACUUGGAAAAGUCUUGGAAGGCGUGUUUUUGAUAUAUAUAUCCAGGGGAAUCUGGAGUGGAAAGAUUUUGAUUUACGAAAGGAGGCAGGCGGGGCCUCUUUGCAACCUGUUCAGAAGGAAUUCAAGGCUCAGGUAUCAGAAAACUACCUUGAAAUCCAUCUCUUUUGGGCUGGUAAAGGGACUUGCUGUGUACCUACUCAAGGUACAUAUGGACCUUCUAUUUCAGCAAUCAGUGUCACCUCAGACUUCAUCCCCACUGUUAGUAACAACCUUCCGACCAGUAAGAAGAAUAAGACCGGUUUGACUGUAGGGAUUGUUGUUCCUAUUGGAGUUGUAUGCCUUCUGUCUGUACUUGCGUUAUAUUGCUUCAUUCAACAAAGAAAAAGGUCACACAAGAGUGAGGAUGAAGAGCUCCGAGGGAUGGAUGCUAAGCCUUACACCUUCAGUUAUGCUGAACUAAGGGCUGCAACAGAAGAUUUCCAUCCUGCAAACAAACUCGGGGAGGGAGGCUUUGGACCUGUUUAUAAGGGAACGCUCAAUGAUGGGAGGGUGGUUGCUGUUAAACAACUUUCUGUAGCAUCCCGCCAAGGAAAGACUCAAUUUGUCACAGAGAUCGCUACUAUAUCUGCUGUGCAGCACCGAAAUCUUGUGAAACUGUAUGGAUGCUGCAUUGAGGGAGAUAAACGAUUGCUUGUUUAUGAGUAUCUUGAAAAUAGGAGUCUUGAUCAAGCAUUAUUUGGAAACAGAAGUUUGUAUCUAGACUGGCCCACGCGUUUUGAUAUUUGCUUGGGAGUAGCAAGGGGUCUAGCUUAUCUUCAUGAAGAAUCACGGCUUCGCAUUGUACAUAGAGAUGUGAAGGCCAGCAAUAUUCUUCUUGACUCUGGUCUCAACCCCAAAAUCUCUGAUUUUGGUUUGGCCAAACUUUAUGACGACAAAAAGACCCACAUGAGUACCCGUGUUGCAGGGACGAUUGGAUAUCUUGCACCCGAGUAUGCCAUGCGUGGGCACCUCACAGAAAAGGUUGAUGUGUUUAGCUUUGGUGUUGUAGCUUUGGAGAUCGUCAGUGGAAGGCUAAAUUCUGACUCAAGCUUGGAACAAGAGAAGAUUUAUCUUCUUGAAUGGGCCUGGCAUUUACACGAAAUAAACCAUGAAGUUAAGCUAGUGGAUGCUAAUUUAUCCGAAUUUCAUGAGGAAGAAGUAAAACGAGUGAUAGGAGUAGCUCUCUUGUGCACUCAGACAUCCCCAAUGCUACGCCCAUCCAUGUCGCGUGUAGUGGGAAUGCUUUCAGGAGACUUUGAAGUUAGUGCUAUUACUACACGGCCUGGAUAUUUGACCGACUGGAAUUUUAAUGACACAACCAGCUUUAUGAGUAAUGAUACUCCAACUGUGAAAAAAGAGCAUAGCCACUACAGCUCAUCAACUAGGACAAGCAUGGUGGCUGAUCCAGGCCGGUCACCAAUAACUGAUGCUAAACCUAUGCUUCAAGAGAUCAUUGGAGAAGGUAGGUGAACCUUGUUUUUUUUUUUUUGAGAAACAGAGAUCAAUUCUCCUGGAAUACAUGACAUGAGAUCAAAUUUUGUGUGAAUUUAUUAGUUUCCUUUUGUCGCUGCAAAUGUUAGUUAACUUUCAAGCAUAUCCUAUUGUAAUUAAGUUUGCUAUUCAAAGCCUGGAAUGGCUACAUGGUCUUGGGUAAAACAACUCAAUCUCAAAUGCUAAUUAUUGAGGA